UUAGCCCUAAAGACAUUUCCUAAUCCUCUUCUUUCCUCUCUUUCUUCAUGACUGUCAAAAAUUUAAACCAUUCUUUGUGGGUCUCUUUUGGAUGAAUCAUUACAAGAAGAAUGAUGGUGCCCUGGGGAAAUGACCCACCGCUCUAAACUUAGUGGUUCUUCUAUGAGUUAAAUGAUUUCCCGGACGAGCUCAGAUGAUUCCUCCAGCACUUGAACUUCACCCCUUGGCUGAGAAUUGCAUGCAGCUCGUGGCCCUCCCCUUACCACACGCACAUUUCCUAGGCACUCUUGCCCAAAAGUUUCAUCACCUCCUAGAGCAGCCAAAACAUUCUUGGUGUAUUUCUGUUAGUGUUUAACCAAAUGUCGGUCCCUAAGGGGUGGGUUGAACUAACAGAAGAAAGAUUGAAGCCUGAGACUUAAAAAGACAGUUUUUGCAGGGUGACUCCCUGGGUUCUGGAGGAGAGGGAGGGAGGGUAGUGGACACAGGAGCGAGCCACGAUGGAACCUAGCUUCACCUCCAAGGACACUUACCUGAGACAUUUUAACCCUCGGGAUUACCUAGAAAAAUAUUACAACUUUGGGUCCAGACACUCUGCGGAAAAUGAAAUUCUCAGGCAUCUUCUGAAAAAUCUUUUCAAGAUAUUCUGCCUGGAUGGCGUGAAGGGGGACCUCCUCAUCGACAUUGGCUCUGGCCCCACCAUCUACCAGCUUCUCUCUGCUUGUGAAUCCUUCAAGGAGAUCAUUGCCACUGAUUACACAGACCAGAACCUGCAGGAGCUGCAAAAGUGGCUGAAGAAGGAACCAGGGGCCUUUGACUGGUCCCCAGUGGUGACCUACGUGUGCGAGCUUGAAGGGAACAGAGCCAAGGCGCUGGAGAAGGAGGAGAAGUUGCGGCGCGUGGUCAGGCGGGUCCUGAAGUGCGACGUGACUCAGAGCCGGCCGCUGGGCACCGUGUCCGUGCCCCUGGCCGACUGUCUGCUCAGCACGCUGUGCCUGGACGCCGCCUGCCCAGACCUCCCUGCCUACUGCGCAGCCCUCAGGAACCUCGGCAGCCUGCUAAAGCCGGGGGGCUUCCUGGUGGUGGUGGACGCCCUGAAGAGCAGCUACUACAUGAUUGGGGAGCGGAGGUUCUCCAGCCUCUGCCUGGGCCAGGAGGCAAUAGAGGCUGCCGUGAGGGAGGCUGGCUACUCUGUUGAGUGGUUUGAGGUGAUCUGUCAAAGUUAUCCCUCCACCAUGUGUGACAACGAAGGGCUUUUCGCCCUGGUGGGGCGGAAGCUGAGCAAAUCUGUAUGACCCUUUGUGGUUGCAAUUAAAGCAAUUCCUCUCUCUG